AUGAGUGCGGAGAAGCCCAACUUUCUGUCUCAACCCGAGGUGAAAAAUAUCUACUUCUAUCGCAAUGGGGAUCCGUAUUACGAGCCCAGGCGUUUGGUGAUUAACUCGAAGCGGGUUUCAACCUUCGACACGCUUCUGCGGGAGGUGACUGGCGGCGUGAGGGCUCCGUUCGGCGCGGUGCGGAGCAUCUACACACCCAGAGCCGGACACCGCGUCCAGACCCUGGAGCACCUGCGCAGCGGAGAGCAGUACGUGGCUGCUGGACGAGAGAGGUUCAAGAAGAUAGAUUAUUUACAGAUAGGAACCAGGAAGAAAAGAGCACUUCAGACCAAUGGAGAGCUGAAACCCGUUCCUCAGAGUCGUGUGAUCGUGUCUGCCAGAUUCCUCAAGCCCAUCAAAGAACCCUGCACUAUAUUUGUUGUGGCAAAUGGAGAUGUCCUGAAUCCAGCGGUGAGGUUGCUGAUUCCCAGCCGCGUGAUUGGCCAGUUUGAGCAGAUUCUGGAGAUGAUCACUGAGAGAAUGGGCCUGCGAAUCGUUGGGGGUGUCUGGAGCCUGUACACCUUUGAAGGGACUCUCGUUAUGGACGGAAAGGAGUUAGAAAACGGACAGUUUUACGUCGCUGUUGGCAGAGACAAAUUCAGAAAGCUUCCAUACAGCGACCUGCUCUUCAAUAAACCCAUCGGCAUGAAGAGAGUGAACGGGUCUAAAGCAGCAUCGCUACCUCCGAUAUACCAAUACAGACGGCAGAAUGGAGAUGCGGGGACCCAUCAUCUGAGCAAGUGUGAGUGUGGACCGGAGAAGAGCAGUCCUCCGGCGCAGAGCUCGAAAGAGCAGCUGUCCUCUGUAGUGCGAGAGAUCUCACAGGCCAAGCUCAUGAACAUACGCAAGAAGAGGAGCGGACUCACGGCGUCACGGGAGACUCAGGACAACGAUGACGGAGAUGACAGAAGAGCAGAAGUGGAGAAAUCUUCACCGGUCCAGCAGGAGGAAGAGGAGGCCAGUCCUGAUGUAGAAGACUCAACCAAAGCAGAAAGUGAAGCGGCCCAAAACACAGAAGAAUCACCGUGUGACGAAGAAGAGAAGAAAGCAGAGGAUGAGAGAGAGGAAGAGAAGAAAGCACAGGACGAGAAAGAGGAAGAGAAGAAAGCACAGGACGAGAGAGAGGAAGAGAAGAAAGAGAAGAAAGAAGAGGAUGAGAGAGAGGAAGAGAAGAAAGAAGAGGAUGAGAAAGAGGAAGAGAAGAAAGAAGAGGAAGAGAAGAAAGCAGAGGAUGAGAAAGAGGAAGAUAAGAAAGAAGAGGAUGGAGAGAUAAAGGAAGAGGGACAGGCAUCAGAACCAGAGGCACAUGAUGAUGGUGAAGAGAAGCAAGACGAAGAAGCUAAAGGAGGAGCAGAAGAGGAGAAACCAGAGGAAGGAGAUGAAGAGGAGAAACCAGAGGAAGGAGAUGAAGAGGAGAAACCAGAGGAAGGAGAUGAAGAGGAGAAACCAGAGGAAGGAGAUGAAGAGGAGAACCAGGAGAACACAGAGAAGGAGGGAGAGCCGGCGGAGGAGAAUCCAGAUCCCAGUGAGGACGCAGUCGCAAAUACUGAAUGAAAACCUGAAGGAGUUCAGCGAGAAACGAUCGUCUGCCAUCAUGUGUGAUUUUCUGCCUCCUGCAGAUCACAGAAGGAGAACUUCCACUUCGUGGAAAUAUUCUGGCUGUUGUUUUCUCUAUAACAACGUGAAAACGAUGGA